CGCCUCGGGUCCUCGACCGCACUUUACGGCCGGCGCGCUUGGGGCGGGGAAGAUGUCUGAGAGGAGGCGUGGAGGCGGCGGGAGAAAUGAGGCGCCUGAAGCAGCCGCGGCGGCGGCACCGGCACCGGCAACGGAGAUGCAGACAAAGAAGCAGAAGCUCAGCAGCGACGAGAACAGCAACCCCGGAGACCUCUCGGGAGACGAAAAUGACGAUGCUGUUAGUAUAGAGAGUGGUACUAAUACUGAACGCCCUGAUACCCCUACGAACACUCCGAAUGCACCAGGAAGGAAAAGUUGGGGGAAAGGAAAAUGGAAGUCAAAGAAAUGCAAAUAUUCAUUUAAAUGUGUGAACAGCCUCAAGGAGGAUCACAGUCAACCAUUAUUUGGGGUGCAGUUUAAUUGGCACAGCAAGGAAGGUGAUCCCCUGGUGUUUGCCACUGUUGGCAGCAACCGAGUAACUUUAUAUGAAUGCCAUUCCCAAGGAGAAAUACGGUUAUUGCAAUCCUAUGUGGAUGCUGAUGCAGAUGAAAACUUCUAUACUUGUGCAUGGACUUAUGACAGUAAUACAAGCCAUCCUCUUCUGGCAGUGGCUGGCUCCCGAGGCAUUAUUCGAAUAAUUAACCCCAUUACGAUGCAGUGUAUAAAGCAUUAUGUGGGCCACGGAAAUGCAAUAAAUGAAUUGAAAUUUCACCCGAGGGAUCCAAAUCUUCUUUUGUCUGUUAGCAAAGAUCAUGCGCUCCGCUUGUGGAAUAUUCAGACAGACACUUUGGUUGCGAUAUUUGGAGGGGUCGAAGGACACAGAGAUGAAGUUUUAAGUGCAGAUUAUGACCUGCUUGGUGAGAAGAUAAUGUCCUGUGGCAUGGAUCACUCUCUAAAGCUUUGGCGAAUCAAUUCAAAGAGAAUGAUAAAUGCCAUCAAAGAAUCCUAUGAAUACAACCCCAAUAAAACAAAUAGGCCUUUUGUUUCUCAAAAGAUUCAUUUUCCUGACUUCUCUACAAGAGACAUACAUAGAAAUUAUGUAGAUUGUGUGCGAUGGCUGGGUGAUCUGAUCCUUUCCAAGUCCUGUGAAAAUGCCAUAGUGUGCUGGAAACCUGGCAAAAUGGAAGACAACAUUGAUAAAAUUAAGGCCAGCGAGUCCAAUGUGACAAUUUUAGGGCGAUUUGAUUAUAGCCAAUGUGAUAUUUGGUAUAUGAGAUUUUCUAUGGAUUUCUGGCAAAAGAUGCUGGCAUUGGGCAAUCAAGUUGGCAAACUCUACGUAUGGGACUUAGAAGUAGAAGAUCCACAUAAAGCAAAGUGCACAACUCUUACUCAUCCAAAGUGUGCUGCUGCUAUUCGACAAACCAGCUUUAGCAGAGAUAGCAGUAUCCUUAUAGCUGUGUGUGAUGAUGCCAGCAUCUGGCGCUGGGACCGACUUCGAUAAAUUAAUGGCUCCCUGAGACUUAUACUGCUUUUUUGCCAUAAUAAUUUUUCACCUGCCGAUACCGUAAACGCUUUCAAAGUAAUCUUUCUUGCCUCUAUCAACAGCUGAACUUAGAGAUGUUUACAUUUGAUUUGGUAGCAGUGUCCUUUUUUUUAAAAAAAAAAAACCCUCUUUUUUAAAUAAAAUAUUUUUGUACAUUUGAAAAAAAAUAUUUUAGUUUUUGGUGUUUGAAAGCUGGAGGACUUACUCUGUAUUGAAUAGAUAUUUGCCAUUUUGUAUGUUUGUGAACUAAAAGACAAGCAGAUAAAAAGUUUGUGCGUGUGAGAGAGACAGCUUUGAUAAGAUAAAGAAAGAACAUGUUAUGCAGGAUUCUAGUUCCUUCAAAUGUGGGCUUCAUUAUUUUUAAGCAGCUAAUUUUGAACAAUGAAAACCUGCUUGAAAGCAUUGUGUUAUUUGAAAAGUCAGAUAUCUUGACUGAAACAGGUUUACCAUAAUUCAAGCAAGGUUGCAAAUAAAUGUGAAGGAUACAGUUUUUUAUUUUAAUGUGAAUUGGCAUGUAGAAACAAACUAAUUGACUGGUCAAUUUUAUUUCAUUCCUCUCUUACAAGCCCCUCCUUUUAUUUCACUCCCCCCACUCUCCCCUUGUUUUUCUGAAAGUUGUGCAUUCAGUCAAAAAUUAUUAGGAAGCAGGGAUAAGUACUUUACAGAUAUGCAACAUUUUAAUGAAAGCAAUUUAAAAUGUUUUGAAGCUUCUAUAUGAACUUGAAAGAAAAGAUGUAGCUGUGUUAGUAGUUGCACUAUGGAAUCAAUAUAUUUGGGAAGAUGCUCAAAAUGAGAGGCACAGUUCUAUUUUCUAUAUAUUUAUAUAUUCUAUUUUCUUUAAGCAACUCAAAUGUAAUACAUACAAUAUAUGGCACUUAUUAUUCUAACUCCCUCCUCCUCACCCCCAGCAACAACCCUAUGAGAUUGAUUGGUCUGAGAGAGAUAUGUUACAGAUACAUGUAAGAUAAGCUACUUGCCAGGAAGAAAAUGUGAAUGUGUGUAAUUUGGUGAUUAAAUAAAAAUUGGAAUAGUAUGUAUAAU